GGACCCCGCGAGAACUAGAGCGCGCAAUGGGAGGGAGCUGCGUUCAGAGGCGCCCAGCCAGCAUGCUGCAGGUACUGUUUCCCUUCCUGCUACCUUUGUUCUAUCCCGCGCUCUGCGAGCCGAUCCGCUACUCCAUUCCCGAGGAACUGGCCAAGGGCUCGGUGGUGGGGAAGCUCGCCAAGGAUCUCGGGCUCAGCGUCCUGGAUGUGUCGGCUCGGAAGCUGCGAGUUAGCACGGAGAAGCUGCUUUUCAGCGUAGACGCGGAGAGCGGGGACUUACUUGUGAAGGACCGAAUAGACCGAGAGCAGAUAUGCAAAGAGAGAAGAAGAUGUGAGUUGCAGCUGGAAGCUGUGGUGGAAAAUCCCUUAAAUAUUUUUCAUAUCAUUGUGGUUGUUGAGGAUAUUAAUGACCAUGCCCCUCAAUUCCAUAAAGAUAAAAUAAAUUUAGAAAUUAGUGAAUCUGUAUCCGAAGGUGCACGAAUAUCCCUUGACCCUGCCACAGACCCCGAUAUAAACAUGAACUCAGUUAAAGACUAUCAGAUAAAUCCUAACCCUUAUUUCUCAUUAAUGAUUAGAGUUAAUUCCGACGGUGGUAAAUACCCAGAGUUAUCUUUGGAGAAGCUCCUAGACCGGGAAGAGCAGCGUUCUCAUCGCUUGAUAUUGACUGCCUUGGAUGGGGGGGACCCACCAAGAAGUGCCACUACUCGAAUAGAAAUCUUUGUCAGGGAUGCCAAUGAUAACUUCCCGGUGUUCAGCAAGGAUGAAUAUAGAGUCAGUGUUAGUGAAAAUCUCCCCCCGGGAUCCUCCGUGUUGCAGGUGACAGCCACUGACAAAGACGAGGGGGUCAAUGCAGAAGUAAACUACUACUUCAGGAGCACUGCUCAGAGUACAAGGCACACGUUCUCACUAGAUGAGAAGACAGGUAUGAUUACGAAUAACCAGUCAUUGGAUUUUGAGGAUACAGAAAGAUACACCAUGGAAGUGGAAGCAAGGGAUGGAGGUGGGCUCUCUACCCAAUGUAAAGUAAUCAUAGAAAUCCUAGAUGAAAACGACAACAACCCUGAAAUAAUCAUCACUUCUCUCUCUGAUGAAAUUUUGGAGGAUACUCUUCCAGGAAUGGUGGUGGUUCUCUUCAAAACAAGGGACGAGGACUUCGGAGAAAAUGGAGAAGUUGUGUGUAACAUAGGAAGGGAUAUUCCUUUCAAGAUUUAUUCCUCUUCUAAGAACUACUACAAACUGGUUACAGAUGGAGCCCUAGACCGGGAACAGACCCCGGAAUACAAUGUCACUAUAACAGCCACUGACAGAGGCAAGUCUCCCCUUUCUUCCAGCACUACCAUCACCCUGCACAUCACCGAUGUCAACGACAACGCGCCGGUUUUCCACCAGGCCUCCUACGUGGUUCACGUGGCCGAGAACAAUCCUCCAGGCGCCUCUAUUGCGCAAGUCAGUGCCUCCGACCCCGACCUGGGGCCCAAUGGCCGCGUCUCCUACUCCAUCGUGGCCAGCGACCUGGAGCCACGGGCGCUGGCGUCCUACGUGUCCGUG